ACACACGAACCAGCGAGUUUAAUAAAUCAAGUGCCAAGGUGUUGUUGGUGGAAGGUUGCGUGGUUGAGCGAUAGAUAUCAAAAGCGAGAAACUAUGCACGGAGGACCACCCCCACCACACGACCACGGACCGCCAAGAGCACCUUCUCUAGGUCGACUGAUUGUGGGCGAAUUGGUCCACCAUUUACUCGAACCGCAUCAACAGCAUCACCACCAUCACCAUCAUCAUCCGCCUCCACCGCCGCCUCACUACGGGCCACCGCCACCGCCGUAUUACCAGCAUCCGCCUCCGCACGGGUUUCCGCCUUGCAACCACCAUUAUUUCACCCACGGGUGUCAUCAUUGCCACGGAUGGAGAUGGUAG